AUGUUGAAGUUGAAAAAGGUGGUGUUGUCUGCUUUAUUCGCCGUUGUCUUAGCUCGUCCUGGCUUAUAUGAAUCCACCGUAUAUUCAGCUCCAGCUUAUGCCUCGGUUGCCGUACAAGAACAUGGUUACGCCCAUGUUGGUUCCAUUGUCAAAUCUGUGCCUUCAGCUGUCUCCCAUCAAAGUCAAUCGGUGGUCCAUAGUUCUGCUCAUGUGGUAGAAGAUGUUUUGGCUCCUGCUGUUAAGAGCACUUUGUAUUCAACAAAAUCUUUAGUUGCUCCCCAGGUUGAAACUUAUGUGGCUGCACCCACUUAUGUUAAAUCUUAUGCUGCUCCUUCGGUUGUUUACAAAACUUAUGCCCAAGCCGCUCCUGUUUUGUACAAAUCCUGGUAAUGAGGAGGAAGACUAAAGUUUUUUGUUAUAUGAUUUUGUUAACGAUUAUAAAUGAAUAAAAUAUUGUUUAAAAUAUA